AUGUCCACUAGUGGACUCUUUAAAUCCAAACAGUUCAAAUCAAAGAAGAACUUGAAGGGCUUGUUGAUCUCACCACCGGUGUUGGCCAACUGUACAUCCUCCUUGGUUUCUUCUGGGAGUAAUGGAUCCUCCAACUUGGCAGUAAAUCCGCACUCCUCAAACAUAAACAACCGCGUAAUUAUUCUCCGAGCACUUUAUGAUUUCCAAGCUGAGAGUGAAAUUGAACUCACGGUCAAAUCAGGAGAAUAUCUCCGACUCAUUGAUAAGCCAGGAAAUGGUUGGCUCUGUGUACAAAACGUCGACCGAUGUACAAACAAGGGACUUGUCCCCGCAGCAUACGUUGAUAUUGAAGUCAAUGAUAGCUGGGAACCCGUGACCGUUGAUUGGCUACAAGAACAAGAGAAAGAAGAAAUUUUACAACAGCCCCAGGAAGAUCAAUCGAAUUGUACCUCCGACGACGAUGAACCUAAAACCCCACUUGAAUUUAAUCAAAAAAAUUCAUCAUCAUCAACAUCAACAUCAAAUAUUUUUUUCAAUUCAUCUCCUAAACGAGAACAAAAUUCCAACACAUUUGGGAAUUUUGGAUCAUUUGGAAUUCCAAAUCUCCCAAUUACUCCUAAAAAAAAUAAAUCAGCGCACUCUCGUAAAUCAUACAGUAUCUCAACUCUGGGGAAAAAUUUUAUUCAAUCUUUGAGUCCUGUACGAGUGGCUUCGCAACCAACAACCUUACAGUCACACAAACCACCAUUCCCAUUCCCAGAAACUGAGUCUGGGACUUAUUCUUCUUCACAGAAUUAUACCUAUUCACAACCAACCACUUCUGGUCUGCCAGCAAGACUGUUGAAUGCUUCUACAUUGAUGACUCCAGAUGAUGAUUUCAAUUUCUUUCAAAAGGAGUCGAUGAUGACUAAUCUGCUGCUUGCAUCUCCUACAACUACUUCCCAUGGUAAAACUACUGCUGCUGGUGCCUCUGAUUCUAACAAGUUGCAACACAUUUCCAUCAACAAUGUUCUUCAAUAUGAUAACCGGUUCUAUUACCGGGUAGAUAUCACCCAUCAAAACAAACUGAAACGUUACAUUAUGAAAACAUAUCAAGAUUUCUAUAAUCUUCAUAUUAAUCUACUGAUUCUUAAUAUUGAUGAGAAUUUACCUAAGCUCCCACAACCAAUCCGUCAACAAACAAAGCAAUCACUUUUGAUUAGAUGUAAUGAAUUAAAUGUUUAUAUCAAUAAAUUGAUCAAAAAUGAGUUUUUCAAGUCUUGUGAUGAGAUGGUUGAAUGGUUAAGGUCUCCGGAAGACCAGUCACCACAAUUGGAGUUUACUAGUGAUGAUGCUGAGAUCAAUCAAUUACUUUUGCCAAAUUCCAUUGAUAUGAUGAAAGCAGCUGCAGAAGCAGCUGCUGCUAUGACUGCUUCAAGUCGUAAGAACAGUUCAGUUACCGUCAAUAGUAUGGCUAAUGGUAACGUUGGGAAAUAUUCGACAACUGCUCCACUUCCUAUGGCUUCAAGCACCGUUUUACCAGGACCAAAUACUCAAACUCCAGCGUUUGAUUACAAGUACAGUAACAACAAAUAUUCAUCGUAUAUGCAUCAAAGGGAUAAGGAAAACGUUAAGCAACAAAAGCUCAAGAAAUUCCCUUCAUCGGUGAGUAGCAACACUCUUAACAGCUACUCUUCUCUCAUUGAUCGGUAUGAAAUCGAUGAUGAAAGUGAAGAUAAAAAGAGAAAUAAUUCCAGUGGAGGUAGUGAAGAAGAUGAUGAUGUAGAUUCACUUUUCUCAGAACUGAAGAAGGUAGUUGAAGAGCCAGAGAAGGUGGAAAGUCCAUCCACACCCAUCAUGGAAAGUAGAUCCUCGUUUGACGACAACGGGUUGUCAGGGUCACCGGUGACCCCUAGCACACCACCUCUUGCUGCUGGAAUCAAAGUAUUGGCCACCCAUACACCACCACCAGUAGAGGAAGAAGAAGAGGAAGAAGAAAUCCAACACUACCGACCAAUUGCCGCCUCGGGAUUUGUCAAAGUGAAAGUUCUGUUGAAUAAUCAGGAAGACGAUAUCAUUGUGUUGAAGGUACAAAAGAAGGAUAUUGGAUGUAUUGGAGACUUGAAGAGACAAGUGAGUGAGAAAAUUUACAAGGACGGAAACUUGGUGAACCAUUACCGACUCGAAUGCGACGGGAAGUGGGACGACCAAGAAUUGUUGGGGAAGCUUAGGAACAGUAAUAAGGUCAAUUUGAUGUUGAUCAGGGUUAGAAAUUAA